AUGCAGGAGAAAGCUGAUAUCGGAGUGUACGUGAAAAACUUGAUUUCAAUUAUUGUUGGAAGCGCAAGUCAGAUGCAAAAACUCAUGGAAUUUGGAAACAAGAACAGGAAGGUUGGAGCGACGCAAAUGAACGAGGAGAGCAGUCGUUCGCAUGCCAUGUUCUCGGUAACGGUCGAGUCAAGUGAAAGAGGAAUGGUCACUCAGGGAAAGUUACAUCUUGUCGACCUUGCUGGUAGUGAGCGCCAGAGUAAAACCGGAGCCGCUGGUGAGCGGCUGAAGAUAGCAAAUAUUGGACCAGCAUCGUACAACUACGAUGAGACUUUAUCGACUUUACGAUAUGCGAAUCGUGCGAAAAAUAUCCAGAAUGUGGCUAGGAUAAAUGAAGAUCCAAAAGACGCUCAACUGAGGAAGUAUCAGCAUGAAAUCGAGAUGUUGAGGCAGCAGUUGGCUGAAGAGGACUCUGAAAUGGACAACGAGAACGAAUCUACUUGGGAGCAGCGUAUGCAGGAAAUGGAACAGAAUUUGGAGAAGACUCGUGAAGAGUUAGCAGGAAGGAAUGUAGAAGACGAAGAAACGCGAGCUCUGGUGCAACAAAUGCUUGAGAGGGAGGCUGAGCUGAAGCGCGCCCGGGCUGAACACGCUGAAUUACGUGCCAAGCUCAGCCAGAUGGAAAGCAGACUCAUAGUUGGUGGAGAAAACAUGUUGGAGAAAGCCGAGGAGCAGGCCAGAUUGUUGGAGGAAAGCAAUCGUGAGUUGGAACUGUCCCGAACUCAGGAGUCUCGUCUUCGUGACCAGCUCAAGGAGAAAGCUGCUGCAAGAGAAGACAUCGAAGAAAAGUAUUCCUCGCUGCAAGACGAGGCUGCUGCAAAAACCAAACGUUUGCGGCGUACCUAUAAUGAGUUGUGUGAAGUGCGGACCGAACUCGCCGAUUCGGAGGCAGAGCACCAUCGUGAGGUUGAAGGGCUGUUGGAGAGCAUCAGGCAGCUUCGAAAGGAACUGCUGCUGAACAUGACCAUCAUCGACGAAUAUAUUCCUCCUGAGUAUGUCGAACUCAUCGAGAAGUACGUGAGUUGGAGCGAAGAGAUGGGUGAUUGGCAGCUGAAUGCCAUCGCGUAUACUGGAAACAAUAUGCGAGCAGCUGCACCACUUCCUGUACAGCCGUAUCAGUAA